AUGGGAGUGGAGGAGACCCGAGUCUGUUUCCAUGAAUGGCCGAGUGGACGCCAAGCCCGAGUGCCAUCUUCCGAGGGGCCCCAGCACAGCCCGGCCUGGCUGGGCCCCGCCGCCCGGAGCCUAGCACAGCCUCCGUCACAGGCUUGUGCUCCUGAAUUACAGAAUCAACCCUGCGUGGGCCCCUCCCGCGGGGCGGGGCCCAGGGCCAUGCUGGCCAUGCCUCCGUCCCGUUGGUGGGCACAUCCGUGCCUCCGUCCAUUGGCGGACACCCUCAGGCCUCCGUCCAUUGGUGGACACACUCCUGUUGCCAUCAUCCCAUUGGUGGACACCCUCGGGCCCUCCGUCCCAUUGGUGGAUGGACACACCCUGCAGAGGGUGCUGAGUCUCUCAGCGUGGGAGUGGGCCCCAGCCGAGCAGCCCACGCGCCGUGGUUCCUGCCCGGCAGCCUGCGUGUCCGUGGAGGGUGAUGAGCACGUGUUCUCUGCUGGGCUCAGCAAAGUCAUCAGAGAGCUCUUCACGUGUGCGUCAGCCAUCGGCGUUUCCUCCGAGAACUGCCCGUUGGACACCUUUGCCCGUUUUGAGAAGCUCAUCCGACAGAACCCCUCGACGUGGCCACGGGAAAGGCGGAAGGAACCCCGUCGCCCUGAGAUGCCUCGAAUCCGCGCCCUGUUGCAGCUUUCGACCAACAGCCAAUUUCCAGGAACACGCAUGCAUUCCCGGAGCCCCGAGGACAAAAUCCAGAAGGAAAGCAGAUGUCCCUCUCCAGCUCCUUGCUCUUUCCAUGACCACGCUCGCUCGCAAUCCACGGAGGACAAGCCGGAGGGCCUCUCUGGACCUUCUCAUUGCUCCGCGGCCGAGGGAAUGAUCCAUCGGGGAAGAUGGCUGCAAGGAACCAAAGGCGAGCCAGGCCCCAGCUCCCACCGCACUACGGCGCUCACUGGGCCCCGGGAAACCCCAUGGCAGCCGCGCCCUACUUGGCGGGGCCCCCCGGGAGUCCCGGCCCUGGGGUACUACUUCCCACCGCAGCAGGGCACCUUCCUCCCCCCGUACCAGCCCUUUGGUAACACCUAUCCUAUCCAGUGCCAGCCUGGCCGCUUCCCUCUGCUGACCCAGUCCGGCCCGGUGACCUGGAUGCCCAGCCCAGCGCCCCCUGCCAACUGCCCUCCCGGGCUGGAGUACUUAGCCCAGCUGGACAACAUCCACGUGCAUCAGCACUUCCAGCCUCUAGAAAUGAUCACGGGGCUCCAGUUCAACAACAGCUACGACAUCAAGAACGGCGCGGAGCAGCUGGUGUACGUGGUGACGGAGCACACGGACGACUACACGCGCAACGCCUACCGCACCCUGCGGCCCUUCGAGCUCCGGGUGACGGACGGCACGGGCCGGGCCGUGAUGGCCCUGAGCAGGCCCUUCCGCUGCUCCUGCUGCUGCUUCUGCUGCGACUGGCCCGGCAGGAGGUCAGGCCCCGCCGGCGUCCGGAAGGAGCUAGAAGGAGCCCGGGGGCCCCCCGGGACCACCAUCGGCUACGUGGCGGAGCUCUGGGACCUGUGCAGGGCGGAGUACAGCCUGCGGGACGCGCAGAAGGAGGCGGUGCUGCGGGUGCGGGGGCCCUGCACCACCUACGGCUGCGGCUCCGACUCCGUCUUCCAGGUGCUGUCCCUGGACGGCGCGUCCGUGGGUAGCAUCACCCGCAAGUGGAACGGCCUGCUGUCCACCAUGGGCAACGCCGACCACUUCCACAUCCGCGUGCCCCUGGACCUGAGCGUGACGAUGAAGGCCGUGGUUCUCGGGGCGUGCUUCCUCAUCGACUUCAUGUACUUUGAAAGCAGCCCGCGACAACCUAGGAGCCAGACGGCAGACCAAGAGAGCGACCGGCAGACCGACUGAGCGUUGCCUUGGGCUUCCAGCCCCCCUCAGUCGCUUGCCGGUCCGCUGCUCUCCCUUUCUCCUUUCUCCCCCCGUGGCGGGUUCGCCUGGAGACGCGGGCUAAGGCGGAGUCAGCGCACGGGGCCCCUGUGCUUAGCUAAAUCUUCCAGGUCGAGUGAAACUGGUUGGCGGCAAAGCUCCCGUCCAUCCAGCAAGUCGAGCAGGGUCCGCCGCGAGCGCCGCCUCUCCGGGAACCCGCGACCCGCCGUCCCCCCUUCCCGUGGGGACGGUCGGGACGAGAGUCGUGGCUCCCGUCUGUAGUCCCGUCCUCGUGUGUCAAGAAGACGCAGGGAGGUGGACGCAGAGAAGGACGGAGAGUCGUGGCCGCACCACGGAAAUCCCCACCCCGGGCACGAGCGUCCAAACCUCCUUCCGCGAGACCCAGGGCUUUGUACGCCUGCGCUGCUCUUUCCAACUCCUUGCACGCGCAGUGCGCUUUCAUCCGUUCCGCGAAGAAGGCCCCUCCCGGCCGCCGACGCUUGUGCGUAGGCUAGGCUUGGCCGCGAUGCCGAGGAGAUGCCCGCGUCUCCUCGGGGGGCGUGGGGGGAGGGAGGAGGGGAAUGACGGUGAGGUCGUUUGAAGGGCAGAGACGUGGAGCUGCUGUCUGGUCUCCAGAUGGGGCGUGAUGGGGAGCCGGGAACCACGGAUAAAAUCAGAGCCGGAGCGCCAGAUGUCCGACGCCGCUUCCCUGUGGCGUGUUUGUGAGCCCCUAGCUCUCCACACGGUGGAGAUAACCAAGCAGAGCCCGGCUGCUGGGGGUUCAGGUGACGCGGGACCCGCAGAGCGAAAGCACCCUGUUGGUAGUACCUAAUUAAAAGUCUGGUGUGGGGCUGGGAAGGUGGCCUGGUGGCAAGAGUGCUUGCCUAGCAUG